UCUGCUGUUACUUUUGUCCCUACGUGGAGGAGGCAGAACUCCACACUGGACACUCUGUGGAAUUUCUGGCACACCGGCAUCCCACUUUUCUCUGACUGACCACCUUGGGUCAAUCACAGAAAAAUGACUGGAAAGAUGUCAAACGAAGAGAUGGAAGAAGUCAAGGAGGCCUUUUGCAGAAUUGAUCAAGACAACAGUGGAUUUGUUUGUUUUGAGGAACUCUUUGACCUCUUUAAUGAAACCAACCUUCGCCUGCCUCGAUACAAGGUUCGAGAGAUGAUCAGGGAGCUUGACUGCGACCAUGAUGGAAAGCUCAGCUUUCCUGAAUUUCUGCAGAUUUUCCAAGACCUGAAGUGCAGUCAAAUAGCAAAAACCUUCCGUAAAGCCAUCAACAAAAAAGAAGGCAUUCUGGCCAUUGGAGGGACGUCAGAGCAGUCGAGUGAGGGCACACAACACUCUUAUUCAGAAGAGGAACGCUUUGCCUUUGUGAACUGGAUCAACACUGCCCUGGAAAAUGACCCUGAUUGUAAACAUAUCCUUCCCAUGGAUCCUCAUAACGAAGAUCUCUUCAAAGGGCUUGGAGAUGGCAUAGUCCUCUGCAAAAUGGUCAACUUGUCAGUGCCUGACACAAUAGAUGAAAGAACUAUAAAUAAAAAGAAACUGACACCAUUUACAACACAGGAGAAUCUUAACCUGGCCCUGAACUCUGCUUCUGCCAUUGGCUGCCAUGUUGUAAAUAUUGGUGCUUUAGAUCUGAAAGAGGGGAAGCCCCAUCUGGUGCUGGGUCUUCUCUGGCAGAUCAUCAAGAUUGGCCUAUUUGCCGAUAUUGAACUCAGCAGGAAUGAAGCACUGGCAGCAUUGCUCAGAGAUGGGGAAACGCUGGAGGACCUGAUGAAACUAUCUCCAGAGGAACUGCUUUUACGGUGGGCAAACUUUCACCUGGAAAAUGCUGGCCAUCCUCCAAUCAACAACUUUAGUUCUGACAUCAAGGACUCAAGAGCCUAUUUCCACCUCCUGAAUCAGAUUUCCCCAAAAGGCACAGAGGAAGGCCAGCCGCGCAUAGACAUUUCCAUGGCGGGCAUCAACGAGAGAGAUGACAUGAAGAGGGCAGAGCUCAUGCUACAACAGGCCAACAGGCUCCACUGUCGACAGUUUGUCACGCCAGCUGACGUUGUUAGUGGAAACCCUAAACUCAACCUUGCCUUUGUGGCCAAUCUCUUUAACAAAUAUCCAGCUCUGACCAAACCUGAAAAUGUGGACAUUGACUGGGGACUGUUGGAAGGUGAAACAAGAGAAGAGAGGACUUUCAGAAACUGGAUGAAUUCCCUGGGCGUAAACCCACAUGUCAAUCAUCUGUAUGGAGAUCUACAGGAUGCUCUCAUCAUCUUUCAGCUUUAUGAGCAGAUUAAAGUGCCUGUUGUGUGGACUGAUGUCAACAAGCCUCCUUACCCCAAAAUGGGGGCCAACAUGAAAAAGUUGGAAAAUUGUAACUAUGCAGUGGAUUUGGGCAAAUCCGCCAAGUUCUCCCUUGUUGGCAUUGGUGGACAGGACCUAAAUGAUGGUAAUCCCACCCUGACUCUGGCACUUGUGUGGCAGCUGAUGCGAAGAUAUACUCUGAAUGUAUUGGAGGAUUUGGGUAAUGGAGAGAAAGUAAAUGAUGACAUAAUUGUAAACUGGGUCAACAAAACAUUGAAAGAGGGUGGAAAAUCGACCAAAAUUUCAAGCUUUAAGGACAAGGCAAACAGCAGCAGCCUUCCGGUGAUAGAUCUGAUAGAUGCCAUCAAGCCCGGCAGCAUCAGCUACGAAUUGGUGAAAACAGGCAGCCUCUCUGAAGAUGACAAGCUGGAGAAUGCCAAAUAUGCUAUCUCUAUGGCAAGGAAGAUCGGUGCAAAAGUCUAUGCUCUCCCAGAUGACCUUGUAGAAGUGAAGCCCAAAAUGGUGAUGACCGUCUAUGCCUGCUUGAUGGGUCGGGGGAUGAAGAACGUCUCUGAUAAUGCAAACCAACAACAAUUAGGAUAUUGAAAGUGCCCAGCACGCCUUCCACUUUUCUUCUGCACAACUAAAGCAAUUCAAAUAAUUUUUCUUUUCUAAAAUGGAAUAAUAUGGUAUGUGGUCUAAUAUAAACACAGUGGAUGCUGUAGCCACAGCUGUUUAAGAUGUUCACUGAGGAAUGUUUUCCCCUUAUUUCAGCUAAGCCUGAGAUACUAAAUUACGAAAGAUGGCAAUUAUCACAGUUUGUCUUAAUGUGCAAGAUUUUUUUAAAUUAAAAAAAAUGCUUUUCUUUCCAGCUCCAGGGUCGUUUGCAUAUUUUUACUGUCUAUUCACUUAAUGUCAACACACAUUCCUGAGUAAAGCACUAAAAGUAAGAUGUUUGUUGGAUAAAUGGGGGCAUCACAUAUAAAAAAAAAAAAUACAUUAACAUUCCCUCUCAAUGUCUUAAUAACUGGCAUCAUUCACGCCUACAUAUCUGUACAGAAGCCAUAAGGUCAGAUUGUAGUAUUGACCAGCCUGUCUCUGGUGUAGUAUUUGUUGUUAGUUUGGUUACAGUGUGAGAUUAAUGCUGUUUUAAAGUUUCUGGACUUUGUUGUAUUGGGCCUGUUUUACGGUUUGUUUUUGUCUGUUACGCUGGUUGAGGAGCAGAACAACUCGACUCUUGGCUUCUUUUGUGCCUUUGUUUCUCAGAGACCUUAUGCUUUGAGGUUAUGCCUUUUUUUUCCUCAUUCAGCAUUACCAAAUGUAAACUGCAACAUAACUCCAGUUAGCUCCAUGAUAUUGUAUGACAACAACCAAAUAGUGAUGUUUGGCCUCGUGUUCAUGUCUAAUCAAGUGCUUUAUACGCAACAAUAAACCUGAAUUUGAAAACUA